GCCCUGGUUUCCGUAUCAGCCGUUUCCAGUGGCCGGUUUUAUGAACCUCUGACCUUUGGCCCUUCUGCAACUCGAAAGACUCAGCCGCCUGGGGUUAGUGUUUAUCAGAGCUAUCAAACACUGGAUAUACCGCGCCAAUCCGACGGAUUCAAAUAUCGCCAAAGGCUGCGCCAGUGGUGAAGUUGAACAAAGGAAAAACCGGUUGCCACGGGAACGUAGCAGAGGCAUUGCGUGUGAAAAGAGCUGGAGCAGCAGCAGGUGGCGGGUGGUUCGAUUCGAUUGAUUUUCAGCGUUUGUGCCACGCCGACGACAUGCAGGAGGCAUACGUCAACAUCAACUCGAUACCCACGCACAUCUUCACGUGGGGCAAGUGGAUCGAGGAGACUUUGACCGAGAAGGAGGUGGUAAUCUGCAUCACGGGCAAUCCCGGUCUGCCCGGCUUCUACACAGAGUUCGCGGGGACACUGCAGAGGGAGUUGGGUGACCUUCCCGUCUGGGUGAUAGGACAUGCUGGCCACGAUGAUCCACCGGAGGCCAGCAUUCGGGAGGUGCCCCAGCUCAGCGGCAAUGAGGAGCUCUUCAACUUAGACGGGCAAAUCCGGCACAAGAUCGCCUUCAUUGAGAAGUACGUGCCGAGUGAUGUGAAAAUCCAUUUAAUUGGCCACUCUAUUGGCGCCUGGAUGAUUCUGCAACUGCUGGAGAACGAGCGGAUACGGAACCGGGUCCAGAAGUGCUAUAUGCUCUUCCCCACCGUUGAGCGCAUGAUGGAGUCGCCCAACGGCUGGGUCUUCACCAAGAUAGCCAUGCCACUGUACUCGGUCUUUGGCUACUUAUUCUUCACGCUCUUUGCGGCGCUGCCCGUUUGGCUGCGCCUGUUAUUUAUACAGAUAUACUUCCUGAUCUUCUCCAUUCCGCGGCAUUUCCUGGGCACUGCCCUGAAGUACUCGAAGCCCUCGGUGGCGGAGAAGGUGGUCUUCCUCGCUGACGACGAGAUGGCCCGCGUCCGGGGCAUACAGCGGGAGAUUGUGGAACAGAAUCUGGACUUGCUGAAGUUCUACUAUGGCACCACCGAUGGCUGGGUGCCCGUCUCCUACUACGAACAGCUCAAAAAGGAUUAUCCCAAGGUGGACGCCCAGCUGGACACUCAGAAGAUUGCCCAUGCAUUUGUCCUGCGCCAUUCACAGGCCAUGGCGGGCAUCGUGAGGGACAUGAUCCAGCAGCAUCGACGUGGAUGAGAUCGAAAUACGCCCUAGCCAAAUGGGUAGCCCGGUUGGGCUUAGGUUCAAUCGCUGUCCUUCUUUUUCCCUUUAAUUAAAUGGACUCGAAAAUCGAUCUAGUCCAGAAAUCACAUGAUUAUAUUCCGAUUAUAAAACCAAAUUUAUAUUCGUUUAGGAGAACAUUUUUAGACUUGAAAAUAUAUAUGAUUUCUGGACAAGAAACCCCUGCAUCCCUUAGCAAAUCCUCAUCCUCUGCACUUGUUUUAUAUUUUUAUUAUCUUUUUGCAUCUCUUGAAGGAAACUUUAAAUAUAGUCAAAAGUGUUUUA